CAUGAUAACACAGGCUUUCUGAAAGCAAGAGAUAAGAAUUCAUGAACACCAUACGAUCAAUCUCCACCAACCAUUUUGGUGCAAGCACGCAUCAUAAUCUCUUUCUAUUUCCAAAGAAAUAUGGGCCCAUUAGUUUCACUUGACACGUAGAUGAGACAGGCAUAAGGUUCGAGAUUGGUUGAGCUAUAAAGGAAAGAGAGGAGUUGAUAGGCACUCUCUGUGUGCCCUCUUCUAAUUCAAGUGGUUUUGUUGUGAGAGAAUGGGGAGGAAGCCAUGCUGUGAGAAGGUGGGGUUGAAGAAGGGGCUUUGGACAGCUGAGGAGGAUAGGAAGCUCGUCAACUUCAUGCUCAACCAUGGGAAAUGCUGCUGGAGAGCUGUGCCCGAGCUUGCAGGACUGCUGAGGUGUGGAAAGAGUUGCAGGCUAAGGUGGACAAACUAUCUCAGGCCUGACCUGAGGAGGGGAUUGCUAUCGGAUGCCGAGGAGAAGCUAGUCAUCGACCUCCACUCUCAGCUCGGCAACAGAUGGUCGAAGAUUGCAUCUCAUCUCCCCGGUAGAACAGAUAAUGAAAUAAAGAACCUGUGGAACACCUACAUAAAGAAAAAGUUGAGGAAGAUAGGCACCGAUCCCCUGACUCACAUGCCCAUCAUCCCUUCAGCCAACGAGCAGACCCACCAGCAGCCGAAGCAGCAACGGCGACACGGGGAUGCUUGGUCUAAUGGAGAUCAGAAAGCCGAGGAGGCCACCUCAAAGUAUUGUUGUGAGGUAGAUGAAGCACCGGAAGCAGAAGAGAAGAGCGCAGUGAGCACGUCCGAUCGUGCACCUGACAUUGCUGAUGCAUCCCUUAGCAGCUGCCCCGAAUUCUGCACUGAUGAGGUGCCAAUAAUACAACCGCAUGAGAUACUGAUCCCCUGUGGUUCUUCUUCUUCGUCUUCAUCCUCAUCAUCAUCAUGCUCCUCCACCGGUUCAUCAGCAAAAGCUGGGCCGAUCGAACCUGCUUCAUUCAUGGAGUUGCCAGAAUCCACGUAUCUCUGGGGUGUGGAUGACUUAACUGUAUGGUUUUCCAUUCAUGGAGAGGAGCUAUGGAAACAUGACCUCUUCUGACUCUCUUUUCUGAUGGUUUUGUGAUUUGACGAACAAUGAAAAUCCAUUUU